AUGACGUUAAGCGUCACACUGUACGAAGACCUCGUUUGCUUCAGAGAUAUCAGACCCGGUGCCCCCCACCACUACCUGGUGGUGCCGGUGGAGCACAUGGGAAACUGCAAAACGCUGAAGACGGAACAUAUACCUGUAGUGAAGAGAAUGAUGGAAGUUGGAAAAGCUGUCCUCCAGAGAAAUAAUUUUAGUGACUUGAAUGAUAUAAGGAUGGGUUUUCACUGGCCUCCGUUCUGCUCAAUAUCCCACUUGCACCUUCACGUCCUGGCCCCAGCCAGUCAGCUAGGAUUCUUAUCCAGACUCAUUUACAGAAUCAAUUCCUACUGGUUUAUCACGGCUGAACAACUGAUUGAGCGACUGCAAACUGAAAAUGCUGCCAGUUGAAAGCACUCUUAGCCUUGUGUUGCUAGCCGGUUUGUUCUUUGUCUUUGAACUCUGAUUUAAGGUUGCACAGUUUGAUGUUACCAAUAAUAAAUACGAGGAUAAAAAAAGCUUUAGUUCCUUAUGAGGAAAUACACACAGAAUUUGUAGCUGCCAACCUAAUUCUCCCAUUUGGAUACUUGAGUCUGUAUACUUCUCUGACAAUAAGGUGAUGUAUUUUAAUUAUAAUUUUAUAUUUGUGUGUGUAUAUAUAUACGUACAUAAUACAUACACACACAUAUGCACACAUGCAGAGAACUGUUCCUAGUAAAAGGCAGGGUACAGCAGCAGAAUGUACUGCAACUAAGGCAACAAGUUACUACUAACAGCAUGUGUGUGGUACCAAAAGGAAUAUUUGUUGCGGAAUCAAGCUUUUAUUUUAAAGAUGCAUUGUUCUGGGAUUGCAAGUAACAUUUAAAACAUUUACGUUUCCAUCUGUGUUUUUAUGAUAUGUUACUUAUGCCUAGUUAUUAGUAGGUACAUUGCUGAAAGUACACUACUAACUUUCUGGUGCUAAACCACUUUAAUGUAGUACCUGUCUUACUUGCAUGACAGUGAUAUAGUAAAUGUUAAUACAAUAGGUGCCCAGGGUGUGAUAAUGCUAUAUAACAUAGAAUAUAGUUUAAAUGUAUGUGUAAGUGGUUGUAUGUUGGACUUAAAAGAUUGUUUCCCUCUUACGUGCACAAUAUUUUAAAUUAGUUAUUGUAUGUUUACAAAAAAUU